CUCAAGCCGUGCCCAGAGCAGUGGUUCCCUCGGAGGUGGGCGAUGGUGCUGUGUACACACCUCUGCUGAGGCAGGAUGAGCAGCUGGACCUGCUGGAGCGCCUUGACUUUGUGGUGAGGAACAUUUCAGAGCUGAGGAGGGAAGUGGAGGAGCUCCGGAACAGCCUGCAGCACCUGGCUGUGGAGAUCGUGGGGGAAGUCAGGUCUCACCUGGAGGAAACACAGAGAGUGACUCGCCGGAGGCGAUUCCCCUUCUCCAGAGAGAGAAGUGACUCCACAGGCUCCAGCUCCAUCUAUUUCACAGCCAGCUCAGGGAAUGCCAACACAGAUGAUGGAGAAAGUGAAGGAGGGUACACCACGGCCAACGCUGAGUCCGACUACGACCGGGAAUCCGAGCGGGAGAGCGAAGAAGGGGAGGAUGAAGUGAGCUGUGACACAGUGCGAACUGUGAGGCGAGAUUCCCUGGAUCUUGUCACUGAGGAUGAAACCCCUUUAAGCUUGGAUUCCACACUGGAAGAGGGACUGAGUCAGCUGCUGCAGCAGGCUGACCACCUGCACGCAGGGGAUGAGCAGGAGAAGAGAGAGGGAUUCCAGCUGCUCCUCAACAACAAGCUGGCGUAUGGAGAGCAGAGGGAAUUCCUGUGGCGCUUGGCCCGAGCACACAGUGACAUGUGUGUGCUCACGGAGGACACGGACGAGAAGCGCUCGUACGCGUUGGAGGGGAAAGAAGAGCUGGAACUUGCCUUACAGAAAUGGGAUCAAAGUGCUGAGUGCCACCAGUGGUAUGCCAUCCUUUGUGGGCAGCUGUCAGAACAUGAGACCAUUCAGAAGCGUAUUCAGUCUGGAUAUGUCUUCAAGGAACACAUUGAUAAAGCAAUUGAACUGAAGCCAGAGGACCCAGAGCUGUACUAUCUCCUGGGCAGGUGGUGUUACCAGGUUUCCCACCUGGGGUGGCUAGAGAAGAAGACUGUGUCUGCACUGUUUGAGGCCCCUCCGACAGCCACGGUGCAGGACGCACUCCAGAACUUUCUACGGGCUGAGGAGCUGAGCCCAGGAUUUUCCAAAGCAGGAAGAGUUUACAUUGCCAAGUGCUACAGGGACCUGGGGAACACCUCAGCAGCUGUGCUGUGGAUGAACCUUGCCUUGGAGCUGCCAGGGCGCACCAAGGAGGAUGCAGAGAGUGAGCAGGAACUUGAGGAGUUGCGCUCAGUCUUGGAGGAAUGA